UGGGCGUCGGACCGUUAAAGUGUCACUAUAUAAGACCCUUUGCCAUUAGCUCCGGACAGUUAGUCUUCACUGCAACUCUCCGGCUUUAAGAUUUCAACAUGAUCGCCAAAACUUGCCAAGUAGUGAUCGCCGUGCUGGCACUGGCUCUCCUGGCUACCGUGCGAGCUGCUCCGGGCUACAUCGGCAACGUAGGCGGCUUCGGGGGCUACGGCAACGGCUUUGGCUUCGCAGGCUACGGCGGGGGCUACACAGGCGUGGGCUACGCUGGAAAUGUAGGCUACGGAGGAGGCUACGGCGGAGGCUACGGAGGAGGCUACGGCGGAGGCUACGGAGGAGGCUACGGAGGAUUUGGAUUCGGUGGAGGCUACCACUGAAAACGGAGAACAAGGGAGAUACCCGAUAGUCUACUCUCUGCGUCGUUCUUCAUCGGUUAAAACAUCACUCCUUUAUUUAUAUCAAACAAAGGUGAUGUAAACGUGAAUAAAGGUGAUAAAAG